UUGGGAUGGAGAAUGCCUUGGGGAGUCCCCGUGAUGCUCUCAGGGGGUCCGCAAGGUUAAAACUACUUUUAUAUAGUCCCAAGACCUUAAAGGCCUUUUUUGCUCUCGUCCUCUCACCUGUGUACAGUGGAGUUUUCCAGAGGUUACAUGACAUGCGUUGACAUGGUAGCGCUGAAGACUAAUGGGAUGCGCACCUGUGUAUUCUUGUGUUUUAAAAUCUUCUUCGUCUUAAUUGUUAAUACAGUCAAUGUUGAUAGAUAUAACCCACAUAAAACAAAAGCUCUUUGGGGUUCUCAAUAAUUUUUAAAAGUAUAAAGGAGUCCUGAGGCCACAAAGUUUCAGAAUCGCUGGUAGUAGGAUGAAGAAACAGCCACUGCACCCCGUAGCCUUGAAGUUCCUGCGUGAUGGCAGAGCAGUGUCGUGGAUUUUCUCAUGUGGACCACGGCUGCGGGCCACAGGGAAGCUCCCAUGGUGCCGUGCCCGCCUGGGGUAUUUACCAUGGCCUCCCUGGCAAGUCGUUAUGUGCGUGCGUGCGUGCAUGUGUGUGUGUGUGUCUGUGUGUGUGUGUGAGUGAGAGAGAGAGAGAAUAUGCCCACAGCCACAGUAUCUUAUUCACUUCCUAUUUCCCCCAAGUUGCACAUAAUUAGUGCUCAGUAAAUAUUCUGGGUUAACUGACUGUUGGUAUGCCUGUUGGUGCCAGAGAGGUUUGCGAUUCCGUUUGAAAAGAUUUCCUUCACCACAGCUAGAAUUUGGCUACAAGGAUUUAAAUGAUGUCCUACUUCAGAGAGGGAAACCUCCCCAUCCAGAGCCCUCGCUCACGUGGCCUGGCCACAGCACGAGCCCUGGAGGCAGCGCGGCCUGCGGGCACCUUUCACUUGGGCUCUGAGGGGAGUGGCGCCCCCUGGAGGUGUGCGACUCAGGAGCUCUAGGAAUCACACAGACUCGGAAUCAACCUGGCUCCUCCUCUUUCAAGCUGUGAGAUGGGCCCUUAGCUUCCCUCAGCCUCAGCGUCAUCUUCUGGAGCACAAGUAUCCCCCUAGGACCUACUCACAGAUGUGCUGUGGGGACCAGAUGAGACAUUGAGAGGAAAGCCCAGUGCCCUGAGGCAGAGAGAGCUCGCAAGGGGGUAGCUGUCAGUUUUCAGCCUUUAGCUCAUUUCCAACAAAUUUGAGGUGGUGAUGGAAUGCCACAGACAAACUGCAACACCACAUUUUUCCAACAAGUGCCACUAUCUACACGUAAGAUUUCUAUUUUUAAAAAAGUCCUGGCGUGGUCAUCUUUUCAUUCCCUCUCUCUUCAAAUACAUACAGAGCACCCACACCGAGUGGGCCCCAGACUAGAUGCCAAGGAAGCUGAGAUUCGUAGUAAGUUCUGUGCUUCCCAGAGCCUCACAGCCUGCUGAGGGGGACAGACUCUCAGAGAGACCCGCCCAGCACACGUCAGCGUGGUAAAUGCUGUAACGGCAGUAACAGCUGACUGGGGGUGAGCGUUUACUGAGUCCGGGGCAGGGCACUUUUCAUGCCUGGUAUAACUGAUCCUCACAGCAACCAUAAGAAGCAGGGGCUGUUAUUACACCCCUCCCCUCUACAGAGGAGGAAACUGAGUCACAGGUUAAGUAACUUGCCAAAAGUCCCACAGCGAAUGAAUGAUGGAGCCUGAACCUGAAGCCAGGUGGUCUGGCUCUGGGGCUGGUUAUAGCCCCUUUUACCCAUUGAGACCCAGUAGCUACAAGUCGGAGUCUCACGGCUUCCUCGGGGGGCCCGGGGUGGGCAGAAGCACGUGGAGUUGGGAGUCAGGAAACUGGAGCUGACCUCCUGGCUCUUCUGCUUGCCUCUGUGUGACUUCAAGCAAGUUACUUACCUUCUCUGAACCUUACUUUCUUCAUCUAAAAAGUAGGAGUGAUCAUGGGACCUAUCUUAAAACUUGUUGGGAGGAUCGUGUAAAAUACUGCAAGGCACUAUGGUGUCAUGGUUAGACGUAUAGAGUAAGGGAACCAGGUCCAGUCAAGGCUCUGCUGGCUGUGUGACCCUGGAGGUUAUUUACCCUCUCUGAGCCUUCGUUUCUGCCUCCAUAUAAUGGAAAUAAUAAAAGGCUUAAUAUGAGAUUUAGAAGAGACAGUAAGUAUGAAAGGGCUUUUACUAUUAAGCACAAAUGAUUGGCGAGUUACAAACAGGACAGUGCUACCACUGUCAUGAGGCUGGUCUUCAGCUGUAAGGCAAACCAAGUCCCAAGUUGCUGCUCAGGACAGGGAGACAUGGAUGACAUCAUGCUCUUGGCACGCUCCAGUCUUUAAAGGACUCUGUGCUCUAGGAUUUUGCAACUCCGUGGGGUCUCAACCAGCAGCAGCAGCAGCAGCUGCUGGCCCCUCCUCAGCAGCUGGGAGCCUGUCAGCAAUGCAGCAUCUCAGGUCCCACCCCAGGCCUCCUGAGUCAGAAUUUGCGUUUUGACAAUCUCACUGGGUAGUUCCUGUUAGCUCAAGUUGGAGAAGCACUGCUGUAGUGUGGAGAGAAAGAACAGCCACCUCACCGUAGACUUCGGCCUGAGCUGGGGAGGGUUAAUGUUUAGUUUGGCUCCCACCAAGGCGCCGGAAACAGAAGCUUCCAGAGAUUGAAGCAUAUGAACUGGUGGGACAGCAGGGCUUCCUUCCUGCCUGUGUCCUGGACGGCUGGAGGCUCCCGCCUGGGACCUGCACCAAGCCUCGAGCUGCAGCAAGGAAGGACCCCGGGCCUGUAAAGCAGAGUGCUGGAGCAGCUGCUCCCUGAGCUCACAGGGCUGCUCAGCCUCCUGGACCACGAGUACCUCAGCGAUACCACCCUGGAGAAGAAGAUGGCCGUGGCCUCCAUCCUGCAGAGCCUGCAGCCCCUCCCAGCAAAGGAAGUCUCCUAUCUGUACGUGAACACAGCCGACCUCCACACUGGGCCCAGCUUCGUGGAGUCCCUCUUCGAAGAAUUUGACUGUGACCUGAGCGACCUUCGGGACAUGCCGGAGGACGAUGGGGAGCCCGGCAAAGGAGCCAGCCCUGAGCCAGCCAAGAGCCCGUCUCUGAGACAUGCAGCCGACCUGCCUCCACCACUCCCCAACAGGCCUCCCCCCGAGGACUACUAUGAGGAGGCCCUUCCCCUGGGGCCGGGUAAGGCCCCCGAGUACAUCAGCUCCCACAGUGCGGUUCUUGCUGCCAAUCCCACGGACGGCUGCAGUCCGGCGCACUCCGUCGUGGAUAGCUACUACGAGGACGCAGACAGCAGCUACCCCACGACCAGGAUGAACGGAGAGCUGAAGAACUCCUACAACGACUCUGACGCAAUGAGCAGCUCCUACGAGUCCUACGACGAGGAGGAGGAGGAAGGGAAGGGCCCACAGCCCAUGCACCAGUGGCCCUCGGAGGAGGCCUCCAUGCACCUGGUGAGGGACUGCAGGAUAUGUGCCUUCCUGCUGCGGAAAAAGCGCUUCGGGCAGUGGGCCAAGCAGCUGACUGUCAUCAAGGAGGACCAGCUCCUGUGUUACAAAAGCUCCAAGGACCGGCAGCCACAUCUGAGGCUGGCAUUGGAUGUCUGCAACGUCGUCUACGUGCCCAAGGACAGCCGGCACAAGAGGCACGAGCUGCGCUUCUCCCAGGGGGCCACUGAGGUCUUGGUACUGGCACUGCAGAGCCGGGAGCAGGCCGAGGAGUGGCUGAAGGUCAUCCGAGAGGUGAGCAAGCCCAUCGGGGGAGCCGAGGGGGCAGACGUGCCCAGAUCCCCCGUCCUCCUGUGCAAGCUGGACCUAGACAAGAGGCUGUCCCAAGAGAAGCAGACCUCAGACUCCGACAGCCUGGGCAUGGGCGACAGCUGUUCCUCCCUCGGCCGCCGGGAGGCCUGUGAACAUGGCAAAGGGAAGAAGAGCAGCCUGGCAGAGCUGAAGGGCUCAAUGAGCAGGGCUGCAGGCCGCAAGAUCACCCGUAUCAUCAGCUUCUCCAAGAAGAAGGCGCUGGCUGAGGACCUGCAGACGCCCUCCGCCGAGGAGGUUCCGUGCUGUGGUUAUCUGAACGUGCUGGUGAACCAGGGCUGGAAGGAACGCUGGUGCCGCCUGAAGUGCAACACUCUGUAUUUCCACAAGGACCGCACUGACCUGCGGACCCACAUGAAUGCCAUCGCCCUCCGUGGCUGUGAGGUGGCCCCAGGCUUUGGGCCCAGACACCCAUUUGCCUUCAGGAUUCUGCGCAACCGGCAAGAGGUGGCCAUUCUGGAGGCAAGCUGCUCAGAGGACAUGGGCCGCUGGCUCGGGCUGCUGCUGGUGGAGAUGGGCUCCAAAGUCACUCCCGAGGCACUGCACUAUGACUAUGUGGACGUGGAAACCUUGACCAGCAUCGUCAGCGCGGGCCGCAACUCCUUCCUAUAUGCAAGAUCCUGCCAGGAUCAAUGGCCUGAGCCCCGUGUCUACGAUGAUGUUCCUUAUGAAAAGAUGCAGGAUGAGGAGCCCGAGCGUCCCACUGGGGCCCAGGUGAAGCGCCAUGCUUCCUCCUGCAGUGAGAAGUCCCAUCGGGUGGACCCACAGGUCAAGGUUAAGCGCCAUGCCUCCAGUGCCAAUCAAUACAAGUAUGGUAAGAACCGAGCUGAGGAGGAUGCCCGGAGGUACCUGGUAGAAAAAGAGAAGCUGGAGAAAGAGAAAGAGACCAUCCGGACGGAGCUGAUGGCACUGAGGCAGGAGAAGAGGGAGCUGAAGGAAGCCAUUCGGAGCGGUCCAGGCACAAAGUUAAAGGUUCUGGAGGAGGCUGUGGCCGCCCUGGAAGUUCAGUGUCGCGCGAAGGAGGAGCGCCGGAUUGACCUGGAGCUGCGGCUGGUGGCUGUGAAGGAGCGCCUGCAGCAGUCCCUGGCAGGGGGCCCAGCCCUGGGGCUCUUGGUGAGCAGCAAGAACAAGAGCAGGGAGACUGCAAAUAAACCCCAAAACAAUGCCCCAGAGCAACCUCUCCCUGUCAACUGUGUUUCUGAGCUGAGGAAGAGGAGCCCAUCUAUCGUAACCUCCAACCAAGGACGGGUACUACAGAAAGCCAAGGAAUGGGAAAUGAAGAAGACCUAGAAAGAGGAUGAGGAUUUCAUUCCAAAGGAAAUACGAGACUGUCCAUCUAAGGCAGAAAUGGUUUUUUCACAAGGAGACACCAGAAGACUGGAAGUAGCCUCUACUCUCCAGGGCACCCAAAAGACCAGCCUUUAUUGACUGCAUGAUUACAGGGGUUAUGGGGAGGGAAGCAGUAGAAGGGAAGAGGGAAAUGGAGGGCAUCCUUAUAACUCUACAGAGGGUGGAAAAUGGGGGUGGAGGGAGAUAGAAAUCUGCAGUGUCGUAAAGGUUUUGUUAAAUGUCUUUGCCUUCCCUUCUGAAGAAGAAAUGAAAGCACAUGUGAGUGA